GCCAGCAGGGGGCGUCAUUCCAGCUCAUUUACAUUGCUUCUUUGCCGGGCGGGAUUUCCGCAAUAAUAUCAAGUAUGGCGAAAACAUACGACUAUUUGUUUAAAUUACUGUUAAUCGGAGACUCUGGUGUCGGGAAGACCUGCGUCCUGUUCAGGUUUUCGGAAGACGCCUUCAAUUCAACGUUUAUCUCAACUAUAGGCAUUGAUUUCAAGAUUAGGACAAUAGAGCUUGACGGCAAGAAGAUAAAGUUACAAAUAUGGGAUACAGCUGGUCAGGAACGCUUCCGAACAAUCACAACAGCCUACUACAGAGGUGCAAUGGGCAUCAUGCUCGUCUACGACAUCACAAACGAAAAAUCCUUUGAAAAUAUCAAGAACUGGAUAAGGAAUAUAGAAGAGCAUGCGUCAGCGGACGUUGAGAAGAUGGUCCUUGGCAACAAAUGUGACAUCAAUGACAAACGGCAGGUGUCCAAAGAGAUGGGGGAAAAGCUUGCACUAGAGUAUGGAAUAAAGUUCAUGGAGACCAGCGCAAAGUCCAACAUCAACGUGGAAAAUGCGUUUUUGAUGCUGGCCAGAGACAUCAAAUCAAAAAUGGACACAAAAUUGGAGGGCAACACACCGCAAGGAAGCAGUCAGGGCGUAAAGAUCUCAGAGCCUCAGAAAAAGACCAGCUUCUUCCGCUGUAGCCUACUCUGAGGACUGAGGCCUUUCAUACUGACUGGACAUAAAUAGACUGUUCUUGCUCUUAGCACUUCCUCCCCCUUUCUCUCCAGCUAUGGUCAGUCCUAAAAGCCCACGUAAGCCAUUAUAUUGUCAGUAAAUGGAGGACUUCCCCUCCUUGCUUCCUCUUC